GGGUGUUGCAUCAGGUACACAGAGGGAAAAGGCAGGGGAGUGUAUGCUGCACGCCCUAUACCUGCUCAAUCACUCGUUGAAAUCAGUCCUGUUUUACUGUUUUCCAAAGCGGAGUACGAGGAGCAUGGCAGACACACUGUGCUUGAUCACUAUACAUUCAACUGGAAGGAUGGUCGCAUGGCUCUUGCCCUAGGUCUCGGAUCGUUGUUCAAUCAUUCCGACACUCCGAACAUUUCAUACAGUCUCGAUCACUCCACAGAGUCUAUACGAUAUAAAACUACGCGCCAGAUCGAUCUCGACGAGGAGCUCUGUAUAUUUUACGGCCACAAGCUGUGGUUCAAGCCAGUCGACUCAGACUCGUCAACUCUAGAAGAGGAUCAGGAGGAGAACAUUUGGGAGGCAAUGGCUGGCAUGGUGCUCAAGGAUGACCAGGAGAAAGUAAAUCCAUGGGCCAACGGCGAUCCAUGCGAUCCGAUUCCGGAUGAAGAAUUACCUUUGGAGAGGAUACGUUCCAGUCCCGAAGAACUGGAGGAAGAAGAUGAAGCGUCCAUACACACCAUGGACGCAUGGAUUGUUGACGUCCCCGAUCCUCGACUCAUAACAUUGCUUCUCGAAUGGCUCAACAAAUCCGGACUUGAAACCUCCACCCUUGGACAUCUCAAGCGCAUCCGCAAGUCUGACGGCCGUACAUCUUUCCUGAUAUAUCCCGCGUCGUCCCAGACUCCGUCCGGUUCCCUUACUGCGGAGGCUUCUGCCCCCUCCAGCUUCUCCGACUGCGACCUGGAGAACAGCACGCCGAGACUACCGGACGAGUUCGGUUUAGACCUCCCGUACACGACGAAGGUUCCAUCAUACCCCGCACGGACCCAAAACUCGCUGAAGUUGAAAAAUGUCUUGUGGCCAACCAUCUUCGCACCUCGUCGUAAAGGCGCAGCGGAGAGGUGGCCACGCGGGAAGGUGAAAUGGGCAUGGGACGCUGUACAAGUACUCUACGACGAAGCUGUUCGGGCUCGAGAAAAUGGAGAACUACCUGUUGUGGCACACGUACCCGCUCCUUGCGCCGAGGAACCAGAAAAGGCGGCUGAGCAACCAGAUGCGCACCCUGCAACCAAUCGAUCUUUCAUGGCGCACGACCUACGCAAAUCGACCAAACACCCGCUCAAACACGCUGCACUAAAUUGCAUUCGUAAGAUAGCCGACUAUCGGGCUUCCUCCUCGACAUCUGGCAUUGUACCACGAUCUGGCACGUCACGAAUGGAACAUACGGCAGGUGCUCUUGAUGAUGCCAGCUCAUCUACAAGCACGGUCAAAAACGGCACCAACUAUCUCCUUACGGGUCUGACCAUGUUCAUCACGCACGAACCAUGCAUAAUGUGUAGCAUGGCCCUAUUGCAUUCUCGCGUCAAAGAGGUAGUCUUCGUCAUACCAAUGCAGAAGACUGGUGGAUGUGGGGGUUGCGCAUGCAUACCCCGGCUGGAGGGAGUGAAUCACCGGUAUAAUAUUUACAGGUGGAAGGAUGUUGCCCCCGCGUCUUUGGCCCUUGACAAUGGUACAGAUGCAUAGGAGUGAGAGGGGGAAGGUCCGUACUUGACCACGAGAUAGCUCAGCAAGUUCGGGCGUUCCUUCGAGCAUAGCCUUAUUAAAGCAGAUAUGAUGUAUAACACAGUAGGUAGCAAGAGGCACCAGUGAGUUGAUAGCUUGAGUAUACCACCGCGAUGAUGCAGAGCGCUCCCGGGUGCACGACGAAACCGGUCACCAGAACUCCUUCCGCUUUCUCCUAACCUCCACCGUGAGCCGUUUGCGCUCUCCCCAGUUCGCUCGCAUCAUCUCAUGUUCUGCGUCCCUCGCGGCAAGUACCUCCUUCCGCGUCGUGUUUUUCAGCGGUGCGAUCUGCGCCACGAACGCGCUCGUGCACCCAAACUUGUUCGCCAGCCUUCCCCUCGUCCAUUCCGUCGGAUGCUCCUGUCUAAGCCUGCGUAUCUCUUCUAUUUGCUCGGGAGAGAGCCGGUUACUGGGUACGGCCUUUGUGGCACGGGCAGCGGGCGGUAAUUGCAACUCGCCAGACGAAGCGACAUCCCCCGGCGCCUUCGGUCGCAGGAGCGGCGACGCAGGGCUCGUCGUCAGAGAGAAUGGCGUCGGCGCGCUCGGAGGCGGUCGAUGGACGAACGUGAGGUCUUCGGUGAUAGCCUCCGGGGCAACCUUCAGCAACGGAUCGGGUGCGCGGUAGCGUUGCCUUUCGGGUAGCAAAGGCUUGCGUGGCGAGGCGGCAUUCAGAUUCUUCGCGCGGGCUGUCUGCAGUACGCGUGUGUGGUUGUGCCGCGCCUGCGAGAGUUGGGGGAGGGUGACCCGAGGUCUCA